UUUUUAAUACUACUAUACCAUUUUAUCUAAUCUCAAUCAAUGCAACGACCACUCUCCAUCAACAUUAAAUACCAUUUCUAUCCAUAAAAGGCGUAAUUUUCCCCCUAAUUAUGUAUAACAGUAACUUCUAAAACCCGUUUCCCAAAGUUGCUUCCACUUCACUCUCUCUGCUUAGUUUCCCAACUACACCAAACGCCUUAUCAACCAAUUAAUACUGUUUAUCUCUUUCUUUAAAGACUGUGUUCUGUCAAAUCUAUUAGGGUUUCUAAGUUUCCCCCAAUUUCUGUAAUUUGAUUUUAAGUUACAAUGCAACAGUUCGAUUCAGAGGAUUCUGCUAUGACUUUUGAUGAGGCUUCCAUGGAGAGAAGCAAGAACUUUGUUAAAGCAUUGCAGGAAUUAAAGAACAUAAGGCCUCAACUCUACUCUGCUGCUGAUUAUUGUGAGAAGUCUUAUCAACAUAGUGAUCAGAAACAGAUGGUAUUGGACAACCUCAAAGACUAUGCCGUACGAGCUCUUGUGAAUGCUGUUGAUCACCUCGGUACUGUUGCUUACAAAUUAACUGACCUCUUUGAACAGCAAACAUUAGAUGUCUCGACCAUGGAGAUAAACAUUUCUUGUCUUAAUCAGAAACUUAAUACUUGCCAAACAUACUCGAAGGAAGAAGGCUUGAGACAGCAUCAGUUGUAUACAACCGUUCCUAGACAUCACAAACACUAUAUCUUACCAAAUGCUGUCAACAAGAAGGUGCAAUUUAGUACACAGAUACAGACCGAUGCUGUGCAAAAAAAUAUUGCAGCAAGACCACGUGUUCACCUGUCAGGUACAAAUGCAUCACAAACUCUUUCUUGGCGUUUAGCAUCGGAAACUGAUUCUACCCUAAAUGGCUCAAAACAUGCGGUGAUGCAGUACCCUAAAGGCUCAAAUGUUUCUGGAACAGCAUGCGGAGCUUUCAAUUUGUUUGAUGCUGAAGAAGCUGCAUCAUCAAAAUCCUCAUCUGCCCAGCUUCAUGCAGGUGGUCGAAGUCCAGCUUAUAGCCCCUUGCGGACAUUUGGUGUCAAAUGGAAGGAUUCUUCAGAGGCAUCCAAACCAUUAUCACCAUUCAGGUCUUUCGAUAAUGUCGGUCGUCAAGAGCGUGGUCGCAGCCCUUCUCGAAGCAAAAGCAUGCUUUCAUCAUUCUUUGCUAAAAGAAAGACAUCAAAGAUCUAGUCAAGCUAUGUUUUGUGAAAUUAUUCUGUUCUUAAAACUGCUCAUAUUGCAAGUGCCUAUAAUCAUCAUGGUGUUACAUCGUGUCAAUCUAGAGGGCAUCUGUUGAAUCACAUUUAAAAUUUAAAACAACAUCAGUGCCUACCCCCUAAAUCAACUGAGUGGCAUCUUGUUUACUUAGAUUUAAGGUGGCUGAGCAAAAUCACAGGCAAAGAAGUUAAGUUGUUGGGUGUUGGACGGUCAAGCAAACUAUCUGGUGGCCGGCUGACGUGCACUAUUGCUCAUCAUGGUUGACAUCAUGGGUGGAUACUUUAAUCAGCUGGAUGUGUAAACAGAGUACAUUAUACAAGGUAUAUGGAAUUAAGCAAUAGAUGCAGCUGUAUGGUCUAUGACUAUGAGCCUGGAGCAACUUGUGUAAUACUAUAGGAUUAAACUGUACUGCAUCUGUAUUUCCUUUAUUGAUGAAAACUGAAAGCUGAAAAUGGAAUUAGUUUAUUCAGUUGUAAAUUACAAGAAACCUAUUAUAGGGGCUCCUAGAAAAAGUUUUGAGGGCUCACAA